GUCAGGAAAACCGAACGAACAAAGAAAGAAUCAAACGGCGUAAACGAACGAAGGAAGCAAACUCCCCCAAACCCUGCUAGCCGGCAAACUCCGGCGAUCCGUCGGCCGCCACGCCCCUCGCCGGCGGCGCCACCUACCACUCUUGGCCUCGAGACGGGAGCCCAGCCCCAAGGCAGGCUGCGUCAGUUCCCCAGCCCCUGCCCCUCCUUCCUCCCGACAGAUUCAGCACCCCAAUCGCUCGCUCCCCAUCAAUCAAGGAGCAGGGGGCAGAGAUGGCGGCCAUGGGCGACGACCUGCCGCUGGACUUCGACAAGCUCCCCAUCAAGCGCCUCGAGGCCAUCGACGAGGCCGGCAACGAGCACUACCCGCCCGAGGAGCAGCGGCUGGCGGCGAUCCGCCGCGUCGACUUCUCCAGGGUCGUCGAGCGGGACGCCAAGAAGGCCAAGAAGGCGGCGGCCGAGGACGCCGCCCACAAGGCCUGGCAAUGGCAGGGCCUCCACGAGAGCCUGCAGCUGGCGCAUCAGGAGCUCACCGUCGUCCUCGACCUCAUCUCCACGGUCGAGGCGAACGAUACCGUGACCGUCGCGACCUUCUCCAAGCCCAAGAAGCGGCUGGACAAAGUCCUCGUCAACAUGGCCGUCUCCGCCGCCACCAAGCUCCAGCGCCUUCGGCAUCUGGGACGGUACUUCAAGCAAUCUGCCAAAACGAUGGAGCAGCAGUUCCAGAAGGAGGCUAGGUUCUACGGCUCAUUGAUCAGGUUGCAGCAGAACUGGAAAGUUAACAGGCAGUGUGGGAAUGCUCCAGGAAGCAACAGCUUCAUGUUUGAUGUAGUUGACACUUCUCACUUGGACACGGCAGUGAUGCCCCGUUCGUCGUCAUUGUCUUUGGUUCCAAUCGAUCAGGACUCGUCCGGUACUUUGUCUGUACAUGUCCCACAAAAGUCGUGCCGUUUCUUGAGCCUUCAGUUUUGUGGGGACAGCACCAGCGGCACGGAAAGCUACGCUUGCAACACGAAAGGUGUCUCAAGCACCACUUCUUCUGCAGUGGAAGAUGAUGUGCCGGAGAAUGAUGAUGUGAAUAAGUCUGUCAAACAGGCGCAUUCCAUUCUUCGCAAUAUCCACAGGUCAAUAUUUGAGGAGCAGGUAUUUGAUAUGGUGACCUGUGAGACAUUUGUCCAAACUAAAGGCGUAAACGUAACUGGAAUGUGGGAGGACUUUCUCCAAAUAGCCAUUGACCAGGAGAUUUUGUUGUGCCUUUCACUUGUGAAUUCUGGACAGGAUAGUGACUCAGAAAUGGCGGGACAUGAAGAGCACAAUAAUUCAGAGGCGAAUCUUGUGUUAGCCACCACCAAUGGGAAGCAGGAGCCUUUAAAAAGCGACGCCUCAGGGUUUCUUAACCCGAAAAGUCUGGAGAUUUACCUGCUACAUAUGUUCCAUGACAACAUUCUUAGGAAAGUCAGGGAGAAAUAUCGUAAUAUUGUUCGCUACCAGAGUCCUGGUCAGACCGCAGAGCCUGCAGGUGAUGAGUGUGGCUUGCUCGGUCAUUUCUGCAUGACAGUUGCUCAUAAAAUAUUUUCAAAUAAAGUGCAGCUGGAGCUGGAGAGUGUGCUUAGCAGGGUUCCAUAUCUCCAUCUGCAGUCCCUUCCUACGUGGCAUUCUCGAACUUCUUCCUGGUCUCUCUGCCUAAGAAUCCCGCCGCCUAUUUUGGCUGCUGACAAGCCUUCGGACAAUGGUGAGCCCAAGUACAAAUCUUCCAGGACACAGUUCAACACGAAGAUUGUCUUGAAGGACGUCCAGAUAAGUUUGUUUGGCGAAGGUUCUCCGAGCAUUGCUGGAUCAUUGACUAGGAAGCCCUCGGAUGGGUAUCUGAUAAACAAUUACAACUGUGACUUGGAGGACCUCCCAACGAUGGUUCUGCAGCAGGUGGCAAGCCAGGUGAUAAACUGGCUUCACGAGGAGACACAGGUCCUGGGGAUGAGCGUGACGAGGGACUUUUUAGGCCUCUACUUUGACCUGGACCACGGCGACACGAUGCUGGGCCUGGUGGCGCACGUGGACCCGGACGAUGCGUAUGGGUGCGUGUCAUGGUACCUGACUGUGGACCACCCGGCGGAGGAGGACGGGAUGACGCCGGCUGCGAACGGCCCUUGGGCGGAGGAAGAGAAGUGCAGAUUCCUGGGGUACCUGUCCCUGGAGGUGCUCUACUCCACCCUCAUGGACCUCAUCAACCUGUGUGGCACCGGGCACCGGCCCACCCGCUGAGAUGAUGAUGCAAGUAUAGUAGUGCUGGAUUCAUUUCUUACUGUGUGCAUUGACUGACUGAUGCUGGAUCUGGAGUUGUAUCAAGGAAAGCACGUUCGACUAGUAGGUAGCGUCAUUGAGAUAUUAGACAGAAGGUUCUGAUAUUUUUACCUUUUUUUUUGGCUUCUCCAACUCCAAGGGAAGUUUGUGCGCAAGUCAAUCUGUUACAAAGUUGCAACUUACGCUAGAGUUGAUCUUAGAUUCAGAAAACACAAGCUAGCACUGUAUUUCUCAUACAGUUGAUGUACAUUGGCUUCAGGUUGGACUACAGAUAACAGUUGAAGGCACCUUGCUUAUAAGAAAAAAUAUUUCCGUUCGGCUUGCUGAAAA